CAUGUGGCAAUAACACAGUAUUUGCACGGACAAAAAACAAUCGUAAACAGAAAACAAAACUGAUUUAACUUCAUAUUUUUCUUUCUUUACACACGGAAAUAAUAAAUCUAAUCUAAUGAAUAAUUGAGAUAUGUGAUUGAUAACAAACAAUAUCUAUUAGAUUUGUCGUAUAACAACAUAUGUAGUGCUAAAAAGUAUAUAUUUUUUUUACUUUUCAUUUGGUAUUCAGACGGUCGCGUGAUAAAAAUUUUUGUGCUACAUUAAAAUCAAAAAAAGCUGUAUAAACAAAGCAACAAAAUUAUAAAUAAAAGUGAAAAAAGAAAGUUAAAUGAAAUAAUUUAGUAAUUAUUUAAGAAAAAAGAGUAAUCAAGUCUAUGCAAUUUAUGAAAAACAAGAAAAUAAUAUAAUGCACACGAAAAUAAUUUGAAGGUCGCUUUUUAGUUUGUGUUUUUUUCUUUUGCUUGUAAAUAAAACUACUCUCUUUUGUCCAGACUUUGUUGUUGUUGUUGCGGUUCUCUUUUAUACUGCAAUAAGAAAAGUACUUGAUUUAUUGUUGUUAUUAUAUUAUUAUUGCAAAGAAGGUGUUGGGCGAUGGUGUUAAAAUGUAUAGCUAUUUAAAAGAAAGAAAUUAAUGUACAAUAAUACAAUUAUUAGAAUAUUAAAAUAAACCAGCCAAGCAAUGGGUCGUUAUGAGUAUGAAAAACUCACACUAUUACCUUUAAGUUCAAACAGUUCCAAUUCAACCAUUAAUCCCUCAUCGGCAUCUUCAUCAUCGGCCGAUGGUGAUGAUAAUAGUGAUCAUGAACAUGAAGAUUCUGCCGUUGAAUUCAAACAGAAUAACACAAAGCAAUUUCGCAAAAAAAUAGCCGGUGCCAUACGUACAACUUCAGCUACUUUAACAGCGAAUAAUCGACGUAAGCUGCACAUAAAUCGUGGGUUGGGAAAACGCCUAACACGCCUAUUAUUGUGUGCUUUUAUGAUUCCCAUGCUGUUAUUUUUAACAUUUUAUAGUACUAUAUUCUCGGGUGCCUCAUCAAGACAUUAUCCCUUGUCCGAUUGGGAUUUUAGUGUGUCACUUAAUAUUAGUGAUUAUGUUUUGCCAUUAAAUGAUACGACAUUAUUGGAACCGCGUCAUAAAUGUCAUGAGAAAAUGUUCAUAUUAAUUGUUGUGUGUUCGGGUUUAAAUAAUUUUGUUGCAAGACAAACUUACGAGAAACAUGGGAAAUUGCACUCGCAUUUACGCGACAAAAUAUUUGCAACCAAAACGCCCAACGCAUUGAAAUUAUUUCAAGAAUUUUUCAAAUUAAAUGGCAAUCAAACGACAGCAAUUCCACCAGCCACAAUGCCAGUAAGAAUAUUAUUUUUAUUGGGUCAUACAAAAAUUGACACGGCUGGCGGUAUGGGCGGCAGCGGGGGUGAUAAUGAAACUCACAUACGUCUUCAACAAGAAGCCGAACAAUAUGAUGAUAUAAUACAGGAAAAUUUUUUAGAUACUUACAAUAAUUUAACCAUCAAAUCGGUCAUGGCUUUAAAAUGGAUAACGCGCAACAAAUGUUUUGAAAAGGCUGUCUUCUUUAUGAAAUGUGACGAUGAUACGUUCGUUAAUGUACCCAAUCUGUUGCAAUUUCUAUUGGGUGGCACCGUUCCACUGUACAAUGAAACUUUAGAUUACUAUGAUAGUCGUACGUAUCAGACUUUGUCUGCCAUAAAUCGUUUAAAUGCCACCACCAAUUAUAUGGUGGGUUAUAUGUUCUGUAAAGCUCCCGUUUUGGCAAAUGUCAAGAGUAAAUGGUAUAUGCCUUAUUAUAUGUACACUAAAGAUUAUUAUCCCACUUAUUUAUCGGGUUCUGGCUAUCUAAUGUCCAUGGAUGUGGUACCACGCCUUUACGAAGCUUCCUUAAAUACUAGUUUAGUAUAUUUGGAAGAUGUUUAUGUUACCGGCAUGUGUGCCGAAAAGGCUAAUAUACAAAGACAUCAUCAUCCUUUAUUUAACUAUGGGCGUUAUAAGCACUCGUGUACAUUGAAAGGUAUGAUAACUCUACAUAAACUCACCAACGAUGACAUGUAUGCUGCUUAUAAUUUUGUAACAAAUGUUACAUAUCAUUGUCCGCCACCAGGUAAAUAUUUUAAACGUAUACGUUUACGUCGAUUAAGUGGCUGUGGUUAAGAUUUAGUAAUUAUAUUUAUAUGGUAAGUCCUCUUAGGCAUAAAGACACACUUUUUUAAGGGGAGUGUUUAAGAUUAUGAAAUUUGUUUAAAUUGUUUUUUUAUUGGUAAUUUUUGUUAAUUAGCACAAAUUUAUAGAUAACUAAAAGUUAAAUUGUAGAUAGCUCAAAUUGUAUUGUAAGCAGUAUUUCUUGUUUUAAGUUUUUUAAUCUAAAAAUUGUUUACAUUAUUCUAAGAAUUCUUAUUUCGAAAUAAAAUUAGUUUUUGUAAGAUUUAGAUGGAUUACUUUUCGAAUUAAAGGGAAAAUCAGUCACCUCCAAAAUGCACACUUUUCACUUAGAAGUGAAAUGUUUUAUCAGCAAAAGAUUGUUUUGAAUUUUCACCCAGUGACCAGAGUAUACUAUCCUAAAAGAUUUCUUUGUGCUGAAUCCAAUUCUGAUCUCUCUGUUAGGUUCUCAAGAUGUAUCCACAUGAAAAUUUUCGGAUUUAGGACAAUAUGUGAAAUUUUUAGUGAAAAAUCUGGGGUUUUAAUGAAAUAUAAAUUUUUUGCAAAAAUGGGUCUUUUAAAGUCCUAUUUUUUACAAAAAUUAUAUUUUGUGUUACAUUUUUAGUGAAAAUUAAGAUUUUAAGUGAAAAGUGUAAAACUGAAAAGUCGGUUUUUUUGUAAAAAAAAAAUAGAUUUUUAGUCAAUAAGUGAAUUUUAAUUGAAAAGUGAUCAGAUUUUGUACAAAAAUUUAUAUUUUUAGUGAAAAAUUUAGUUUUUAAACAAAUUUGGAUUUCAAUAAAAAAUCGGAUUGUUCACAAAAACUUAAUUUUUAGUGAAUAAUUGAAGUUACCUUAAAAAUUCGUAUUUGAAUAAAAAAUAUCACUUUUGGUCAAAAUUUUUAGUUAAAUAUCAGAUUUUUAAUGAAUUAAACUUUGGUAUUUUUAGAUAAAAUAUGUGAUAUUUUGCGUAAAUUGAGAGAUUUUAAGUGAAAUUUAAAAUGUUUAUUAAAAUAUUCAGAUUUUUAAUGAAAAAGUCAGAAUUAAGUGAUAUAUCCAUCCAUUUAAAUGUAAAAAUUGAGAUUUAUAUUGAAAUUUUAGAAAUUUAUUAAAAAUUCUGAUAUACAUAUCAAAUUAUAGUUUAUAGUCUGGAUUAUAGUUUAGUAUAUAGUCAGGACUAAAG